UUUUUCUCGGGAUUAUGUCAUCUGGCGGCCGAUCGAUCCCUUUGGCUGCUCGUGUCGUCUUCCCGCGAGCGAAGGCUGCUGUGCUCGCUGUUGCUGCCGAAGGAGCGAGAGAUCGCACGUCUGAGGUGCCGGAGCUUGCCGAGAUCGGGAAGAAGGCAGGCUUCGGGGGCUGGGAGUCUGGGAAAAAAGCUCUCUUCUCCAGCAGGCGCGUCUCCUGCCCCCACGCCCCUCACCCCACCCCGUCGACCCGAUCGCUUCUCCCGGCGCUUCUCGCCGCUGCCUUCCGCGGCUGUGGCUCGGCGGAUCUCCUUGUCUUUGGGGCUCUCCCGCACCGGAGCCGGGCGGAUGCCGCCGCAGCAAGAAGGCGAAAGCGGCUACAUCAGCAAGCCGCUGCCGGGCGGCUGCGAAGUGCCUCCGGUGCCUCCGCGUCGGGUCCGCAGCAGCCGAGCGGCGGCGCUGGGGGCUGCCUUGGGGAGCCGCUGCCGGGCUGGAGCGAGCGGUGGGGCCGGAGCCAUCGGAGCGGAGCCCCGGCGGAGCAUCAAGUGUGUGCUGGUGGGAGACGGCGCGGUGGGGAAAACCAGCCUGGUGGUGAGUUACACCACCAACGGCUACCCUACGGAAUACAUCCCUACCGCCUUCGACAAUUUCUCAGCUGUAGUGUCUGUAGAUGGCCGACCAGUGAGACUCCAACUCUGUGACACAGCCGGGCAGGAUGAAUUUGACAAGCUCCGCCCACUGUGCUACACCAACACAGACAUCUUUUUGCUGUGCUUCAGUGUAGUGAGCCCUUCAUCUUUCCAGAAUGUGACCGAGAAAUGGGUCCCUGAAAUCCGAUGUCACUGCCCCAAGGCCCCUAUUAUUCUCGUCGGGACCCAAUCGGACCUCCGAGAAGACGUCAAAGUACUCAUUGAGCUUGACAAAUGCAAAGAGAAGCCUGUGGCAGAGGAAGCCGCAAGGCUGUGUGCCGAGGAAAUAAAAGCCGCCUCUUACAUCGAGUGCUCCGCUCUGACUCAGAAAAACCUCAAAGAAGUCUUUGAUGCAGCCAUUGUGGCUGGCAUUCACUACUCGGAUACUCAGCAACAGCCAAAGAAAUCCAAAAACAGGACUCCAGACAAGAUGAAAAACCUCUCCAAGUCCUGGUGGAAAAAAUAUUGUUGUUUUGUAUAGGGUGGAGGGAUUUUUUUGUUUUUGUUUUACAAAGGCCUUGGAAAUGGUGGUUUAAUCACUGAGGGCGGUUUGAGGUGACUUUGGCUGAGAAUCUUUCUCUAUUCCAGAGUGCACAGUGAAGAUCUACCCCUAAACAUGCUGCUAAAAUUAUCUCUUUCCAAAGGAGAUGGAGAAGAGCGUGAGCUGAGAAGCUGAGGUUGACCAAACUGAGGGUUUUCCCACUAGUGGUAGUUUCUUUGUUGAGUACCGCUGGGCCUACACUUUGGAACUGAAAGUUGAACCAUGAAUUCACUGUAUACAGGUGUAGGAAGGGUUCUCCUAAGACGUCUGCACAACGAGCGUGAGGACUACCACCUAGUCAAAUUAUUGUUUUCCAAGUGGAUGUCUAAAACUGUGCCUCUUAGGACAUUUGGCUCAAAACAGAGAAUUUUCCUGCCUGCAUUUUUAGUCUUGUAGGCUUCAGCCCAUUUCUGAAAUGUACAUGGUGCAGCUAAAUUAGCAGAAACUGCACGUGAAUCUGAUAUAUUUUUCUUAAAAACGAUAUGCCUACUUCAUGCACAGUGUGGGGAUGUCAUAACAAAUAGAGCAGCUGUGCAAAAUUGUAUCUUCCUUGUAUACCCCGACUGACAGAUCCCUUUUACACCAUGAAAUGCGCAUGCUUGUUGGCUUGGAAAAAAGAAGAAAUCAUAUUUUGAAUAGCAAUGGGCUUCUUUUCUAUUUAUAGAGGAUAUAUGACAGUUUAUUCAAAGAGGCAUCAAUAUCUGCAGAAAUACGGUGCAAAUCAGGGCUAGUCUGACUUACCAUUGGUCAGUUGUAAUCUAUAACAUGAAAGGUUCUAAUCUGAGGAAAUCUUGUUUAAAUUCACAUGGAAACUUUUUGCCAUAAGAUAAUCUCAACUAAUUUUUAGUCUUCUUUGCUGAGUCAGGUAUCACAAAUCUGUGUCAUUGAAAUAAUAUUUGCUCAUGUAAGAUAAACUGGAAUGAAAAAAAAAAAACAUCUGUUCAAAAUUCCAGAAAGUUCUAUUUUUUUUUAAGUCAGGAAAUUUACUCUGAGUAAAUGUGCGUAGUUGUUGGGAAAUGACUUUCCUUCAAAAGAUGCCAAAUCUUUUACCGGCAAUGUUCAUGUAGCAAUAAAUGAUAGCAAACACUGAUUUACCAGUGCUCAUAACUACUUGGAGGACAUGCUUUUGUACAAGUUUUAUUUGGUCUUCCAUAUUUGAAUAAACUGAACUUUGGCUAAAUGCCACUUAUUUUGGUGGCUUGGGUGACUUUAGGACCAUGCAAAGAAAAACAAAACCAAGAGAGCCUUUCCUUGCAAUAGAUUAAACUAAACUGCAUCUGAACUGUUGUAGAUUUAUUAUGUAAUUGCACAUCUGUUUUGGGGAUUCCUGUUCUAAUUAAGUAAUGCAAUACAGAGAUUAAUUUAAACUAUAAUUGGGCUACUUUAGUAGCUUGUUUUUUCUGUCUAAUUUUUCUUCCUUGCUUUUGAUGUAGCCCUUUGCAUUUAAAGUAUGAUCAACCUAUGUUUGAACUUAAGAAAUAAUUCUUUAUCAUUCCUGGAUGAGCCUUGAUUUCAAGUAUUCUUUUUCCACAUGGCUCUCUUUUUUAUAUAGAUAGAUACAUUCAUGUGCUAGGAUAAAAUAACCCAAUUAUUAACUUUUGUUUAUAAACUAACUACAUUUCACUAUAACAUCUGAAUGGGAAUUCUAAUUUUUAAAAGCAGAUUUUUUAAAUGCCAGGAAUAAAACAUGUUGGAAUAGAUUUUUAUCUUAAAAAAAAACACUACACUACAGGAUCAUUAGCACACCAUGGCUGGUGCUAACCAUAGCUUAGCACUGAUCAAAUGGGUCAUUGACUUCUCUCCCUUCUACAAACCACCAGUAAUUUAUUUUGCAUCACCUGUAUCAUGCAAAAGUAAUAUGAUGGCUACCUCAUAUCAGAUGCCUGAGAGAUAACCAAAACUAAACCAGGAUUAUAGAUCCUAGAUCAUGUGACUGCACUCCAGCAAGAAUUUCUGCAUCACCCUGAACAACUCUUAUAAAUAUCGGGUUAGUAAUUUGUCAUCCGUUAUCUUCCAUAUUUCUUUUACCACUAUACAGAUUUUCUUCUGUUGCAAUGUACUUUUGUUUAUUUUAGACUUCGUAUGAUACAUGACCAGACAUUUGGGUUAAGAGUUUUGUAUGAAUUAGGCUAUUGGGACUUGUUUAAUAAGCCAUGUUAAGAGGUGUUUAACAAACCAUAUUUUGAUUAAUCAUGUUGCCUAAAUUGCAGCAUUGCAAUCAGAGGCCCAUAUCAAAUGAAUAUUGUAUGCAUCUGAUGAAGUGGAGGUAAUUGACAAAUCAAAUAAUUUUUAAUCCCUUAGUAUCUUUGUGAUUAUGCUGCAGCAAAUUCACAGAACUAACCUACCUGUAGGAUUGCUGGUUUCUUUCCACUAAGUGUACUUGCAUUGGUAUCAGAGGAACUGUAGAUAAUUGAAGAUACAAAAGUUUUGAUUUCCUCCUGAUAGAUAAAUAUUGAUGUUGGUACUUCCACAACACCAUUGUAUCUGAAUUGGCCUCACUGGAGUCCAUAGUUACCAUCUGGGAAAUCCGAUAAAUAAAACUGACAUGAGAGGCCUGUAGAUGGCUACCAAAUUUGUUUCAAGUCUUGUGUAAGAUGCCAAGUUGAAAACUUCCCAGUUACCUGAUGGUCGAGGUGCUGAAAACUUCUGCUGUCUAGGAAUCCAUUUUAGCUCAACUUUGGGAUAAGUGUUUUUAUGUCCUUUAAGCCGCCUUGAGUCACCAUGCGCGAGUAGGCGGCAAUAUACAUUUUCUAAAUAAAUAAAUACAUGAGUAGUUGCCUAAGAAAUUGAUUAAAGAUCUUGAGGUUUAAAAAAACAGGUUGAUUAGGAUGUGCCUCUUAUUGUAAAGUCAUGAAUUCUAACUUUUAACAGAAAUAAGGGCAUAUAGUAAUUGCAUGUACAAAUGUGUAAAUUAGAAAAACGGCAAAGAAUUCAUUUCAGGUGGUUCUUCACUGCUCGUAUCACUUAGACUUUGAAUCGUUUCUCUUCCACCUGUGCUAUGCAAUGGCAUGUUCAACCUUUUACCUGCCAGCUGUCUUGGACUAUAAACAUCAGUAUCCACAGUGGCUGGGAAGGCUCUGAGUCAUAGCCUAACGUAAUCUGAAGGGCACAGACUGCUUCAUGGUAUCAUCUUUCCAUCCAUUCACAUACAUGCAGUAGAAGAAAAAAAUAGAUGUGUGAUCAUCUUUAGAUAAUAAGUGAAAGACAGCAUGGAUACCUAACGGUGUGACCAAGUGUGGCUAAAGAGCAGUUCUCUGGACCCACCAGGUUUCCUGUCCUGUUUCACAUCAAUUGAUUAGUGUUUUUUUUAAAUGGGCAAUUGACAUAUUGCAAAGGAAAGUACUAACCUUUGGCACCCUCGGAAUUUAGAACACUCUUUGGAGAUUACAGACAUUGUUCAAAGCUAAAGGCAAUAGCUGUAGCCCAGGACAUUGUUCUUGCCUAUAAAUUUUUUUUUAAAAAGAGGAGGUGGGUGGUAGAUAAAAGAAAAGUAUUGACUCCUCUCUCCUGUCCCUACUUCCUGGUAUUGGUUUGGAUCAGAUUUGCUCCAAUGUAAAAAAAAAAAAAGUUCUUCCAGAGAAAAAUAAAAAGUUUUGAAGAACUCAUUUUUAAUCCCAAGAAUGCAUAAUCUAGAAUGCACAUCAGCUGUUUUACAGCCUCUCACUAGAAUAUUAAUGUAAAAUAGUUUUCAUUUUUUUAAAAAAAACAGAUUUCCCCUUCUGCUUUUAUUACUGUGCUAUGAAAACAGGUAAAAUAUGGAUAGAUGGUUUUAGAAAUGGGAACUUCCCUAUUUGCUGCUAAGAUGUGGGAAUGGAAAAGAGAAUAGAUGCAUUCCUGUAAGUGAAUAGUGAUUAAUUUUGUGUAAUUCCACUAAAGAUUGCUUUGUAACUUGUAAUAAAUAUUUUGUUUUGGUACAAACAAAUACAGCAUUUUGGGAGUACUGCAAAUACCAAUAUACUGCAGGCUGCCUACAUUUUUUCUAGAUUUUGGAUAAGGUUUAUUUUUUUUUCUUUUUAGAAUCUUACUAGAAAUGUGGAAGAUUUUUUUCUCCUAUAAUUUAUUAUCUGCCGUGCCUUAUGAAAAAGGGUUUUCAAAAGUGUGGUGUGUGUUGAAAAAUGAGCUUUCCAAAAGAACAAUAUAAACCCAUUUUCCAUCCUGAAAUAAAUCUAGAACCCGGAGUUCAAUGUUUCCUCUUGUUCAGUCUACAGUCUCUGACAGGUAAGGCUUCUUGGAUACCCUGAGAAGAAUUUCAUCCAAAGAGAAGCAUUUCAAGGCUGCUAUCUAUCAUUGUGGAUUAAGUUCCUUCCUCCCCCCCCCCCACAUAUCCUAAAAUAAAUCAGUGUUAUUUCAAUGUAGCAAGGAUUAAUGGAGCUCCAGGAGACCAUCUUUGGCCUGCCCCCACCUCUUGAAUUCUCAAGUUGAUGUGGUCCAUCUGACUUUGGAUGCAGUCUUGGUAAUGGGAAGUUCAGAUUUUAAGUUUAUUGCUGGACUGAAUGCUAGCCUUAGGAAAUAAUCUUAAACCAGAAAGAUGAAGAACCUUCAUUGUUAUGCAAAAGGAAAUCCCAUCUGUUGAGUAUUUGAAGUACUGACAGUUUAAUUUUAUGUCUGAUUAAUCACAAAUAAGUAAAUGUACAUUGGAUUUUAACCUAAAGUUGUGAACCUGUUAUUAAUAAGUUUUCUCUCCACGCCACCCCGCCCCAAGAUCCUGAAUAGGCCUAGGUCCAUGAAACAAUUGAGAUUGCUGAAAGGAGCCAUGGUUUCUUGGACUGCCUGGAUAAAUGGUGUCAUUUCAAAACUUUAAAUGUCAAUUUUACUUAAUACAUUAUAAUCUCAUAUUUCUUUGGGAAGUAAGAAAUGGCCAGGCUUUUUUUUUUCAACCUUAGCAACUUAAAGAUACUGGAGCUUCUACUGUCAGAAUUCCCCAGCAAGUUGAGACCUUUUAAAAUUGUUAAGGUUGAGAAACAUUAUUCAGGACAGUGUAUAGUCAUGUAAAUUGAUCACCCUGCCCCACCCUCUUGAAAGCCUGAAAGUUGUGGCCCAGAAUCAUUCAGUGAACUUCAUGAUUGAUGGGGAACUUGAAACUGAAUGAAGUUUUCCAGUCCAAGUCCUACUUCUUAACCUUUAUACAGUAUUACCCAAUGGCCAAUGAUUUCCAGGGGAUGUGGAGGCACAAUGAGGGCCUCUUGAGUGUGAGAAAGGAUGGCUUCAUUUGUUUGUUGCCAAAGUCCAAAUUUUGGACAGGCUGCUCUGUUGGCAUGGCUCACACUUCACCUACUUCAUUGACAUGUUUACUGAGCUUUUAUAGAUCUGUUUGUCCUGUUUUUAGACAAUAAUGGUUAAGAACCAAAUUACGAACUGCCUUCUGCAUUGCACCAAUCAGAUGUUUGUGGUAAUUCUUACCAACCUUCUGCUUUUCAUUCAGAUGCUACAAUUUAGGCAUCUCUUUCA